AUGAAACCGAAAGACAACCAAAUCGCGCCCCAAAACGCCAUUUCCCCUCCACUGGCAGCCUUUCCCUCCGUCCCCGCCCCCAACGCCUCCCUCACGCCUCCCGACGACCCGCGCGUCGGGAAAGCCGCACAACUCGUGACCGUAAGUACCGUUCGUUGUCUCGGCUUUCGUGAAGUCAUUCGCUUCUCAUCCGUCGCUGGCGAAGGAGUCGGCGCUCCGUUUCCGCCGAAGACAACGACCAAAAUGGCGACUCUUUCCUCCAGAGGUUCGCUCUUCAGGAGGACCACAGCCACCGGUAGGAAAGACCACAGCCAGACCUCCCGUUCCCCUCUCACUCUCGCUCUUUCUUCAGCGCCAAACGCAAGACUCUGGUCAUUGACCCGUCGGGCCGUCAGUUCUCCCUCUUUCAAUGUCUUCCCUCUAAUAAGCCUUUCCUCUCACAGAUCUCUACUACCGCUGGCUCUCACUCAUCAGCCUCCCUUUCCGCACUUCCGGCUCUCACUUCCGGUCUCCCAAAGCGUCGCCGUUCUCUACAAUCUCGUGAUAAUCAUCGGUCGCUCCGUCUUUUGGAAACUCCAGAACCUUUCGCUCGUCUCGUGGCUUAUUCUCGACUACGGCUUCGACGCCUUAUAUGCCGUCGAUAUGGCCGUCAACGCGCGCACCGGUAUUGGUGGCGACCCACGCGCCCACCCCACCCCCUCUAACACCCCCCUCUCGCCCCCAGCUUACCUCGAGUCGGGCCUCCUGGUGCGCGACUCGCGCCGCCUUCUCGUGCACUACAUGUCGUCCAAGAGCUUCAAACUGGAUCUCCUGUCGCUCUUCCCGUCCGACCUCUCGCUCCUCGUUCUCGGCCUCCGCUGUCGUCCCGAAGGUCUCUAUCCCUGUCCCGUUUUCGUGCGCUUCAACCGAUUGGCGCGCUUUCAUCGGCUCCAGGAGUGGUUCGAGAGGACGGAAACGCGCACGUCGUGGCCCUACGCCUUCCGCAUCGCCAAACUCGUCGUCUACAUCCUCGUCCUCAUCCACUGGAACGCCUGCAUUUAUUUCUGCAUUUCGUUCGCCAUUGGCUUCGAUAGCGACCGUUGGGUUUACAACAGACGCGCGAACGCGACGCACGACUCCUUACGUCAUCAGUACGUCUACUGCUUCUACUGGUCCACUCUCACGCUCACGACAAUCGGCGAAGUGCCCACUCCCGAGACAGAUGUCGAGUACCUCUUCGUUGUCCUCAACUUCCUCAUCGGUAGGACUGCUCUCUCACUGUCACCCCUUCUCUCACUCCCUCCCUCCUCAGGUGUCCUCAUCUUCGCCACAAUCGUCGGCAACGUGGGCUCAAUGAUCACGAACAUGAACGCCGCGCGCGCCGACUUCCAGUCCCGCAUGGACGCUGUCAAGCAGUACAUGGAGUUCCGUCACGUGACCAAACAGCUGGAGACGCGCGUCAUCAAGUGGUUCGACUACUUGUGGACGAAUAAGCAGUCGCUGGACGAACAGGCCGUGACGUCAGUACUGCCCGACCAGUUGAAGGCCGAGAUCGCGAUUCACGUGCACUUACAGACGCUGCGCAGAGUUCGGCUCUUCCAGGACUGCGAACCCGGACUUCUCGCGCAACUCGUUCUCAAACUCCGACUCCAAGUCUUCUCUCCCGGAGACUACAUUUGCCGCAAGGGAGACGUCGGCAAAGAGAUGUACAUCGUGAAGAGGGGCCGGCUGUCGGUGGUGGGCGACGACGGCACGACAGUGUUCGCCGCGCUCUCAGAUGGCGCCACUUUCGGCGAGCUCUCGAUACUCAACAUAUCGGGCGUCAAAACGGGGAACAGGAGGACAGCGAACGUGCGGUCCGUCGGCUAUUCAGACCUCUUCUGUCUCUCGAAAGCCGACUUAUGGGACGUUUUGGAGGACUUCUCGGAGGCGAAGGCAGUGCUCAUCGAACGGGGAAAACAGAUCCUCCGAAAGGACAACCUCUUGGACGAGGAGCUGUUGGCGCGCAGUCAGCGUCUCGAACAGGAACUCCACGUGAAGGUGGAGAACAUGGAGCGCGCGGUGGACGGCUUGCAGACGCGUUUGGCGCGACUUUUGGCCGAAUUCUCGUCCUCUCAGAAGCGUCUGAAACAACGACUGACAUCACUGGAGGCGAGUCACGUGACCGGCAAUCCGUCCGACAAUUGUAAUGAGAAUUAG